AUGCUUACACGAAAAUGCCGCUGCAGCACAACCAACAAUUGGCUCUACACUUCUGAAGUAUUGAAGUAUUACGUGCUUCCGAAUCAUACCCGAAGCUUUGACGAUACACAGCCAAAUCAGCCUGUCUAUUUCAAGAAUGCUUCAUUCGGUCCUUGGCAGUUCUGUUGGCUAGAUCCUAUGACCGCGUUCCAUUGCAACAAUGUUCAGUACCUCAUCGACGAAGAUGCAAGCGAUGUCACGACCUCUGUGCAACGUAAGUCUCUUGUGCAAUUCCCUAGAACAAAUACUCCAGAAGCAGAAACUAUUCGACGAGCUUUUCUUUUUAUGAUCAUUGGCGGGGUGCUGGACAUACUCGGUCUCAUCAACUCUGCUGUAUGCUGCGCUUUGCCACGUCCAUACAGUUCGCUAUUCACCGCUACCAUAAUUCACAUCAACGCAGGUAAGAAUCACUGGAAAAGCUACCUCUCAGCUAUAUGUAAUCAGAACAAGGUAGCACAAUCAAUUUCUGUGCAAUUUCUUCUACUACUCUCGAAGCUUGAGAUUUGAAU